CAACUAGACCUCUAAAACGUUAGGUGCUUUAAUUGUAAAUGCCUCACAGAGCAUAGAUGUUACUAGUGUUACUUCAAAUAAUAUGAAUUAUGAAUAAUGUGGUGAUGUACGUAAUAAAAGUUAAAAAAUUUAAAUAUUCAAAAAGGCACGAAAUUUGAAUGAUUGAUAAGCGAAAAGUGAUAACCAUUAACCACAUUGGACCAUCACGCUACUACUCUGGUUACUUCGCGCUUCAAAUUCCAAUUCUUGAGUAUUGUCGCUUACCCUCGUGGUGUCCCGCUGAUGAUCAACUGUCAGUUAUUAUUCGCAAAAUUAUUCGAUCAUGAAAGUCAAGGUGUUGAGCCGGAAUCCGGAUGAUUAUUUGCGUGAGACGAAGCGGGAUAUUCAGAAAGUUCCUCGGAAUUAUGACCCAAAUCUUCACCCUUUUCAAUCAUCACGUGAAUAUGUUCGUGCUCUUAACGCAGUGAAAUUGGAACGAGUUUUUGCCAAGCCAUUUAUUGGUAAUUUGGAUGGGCAUCGUGAUGGUAUUUUCUGCAUGGCCAAACAUCCUAAAUCAUUAUCAACAUUAGCUAGUGGUUCUUAUGAUGGUGAAGUACGACUUUGGAAUUUAACAAAAAAGAAAUGUAUUAGUAGUAUAAAUGGCCAUGACCGUUUUGUUCGUGGAUUAAGUUUCAACCCUGAUGGCACAAGAUUGUUUAGUGUUGGAGAUGAUUCUACCAUCAAAGUUUGGAAUACUGAAGAAUUGGACACACCAUCUCAUACAUUCAUAUCUCAAUCUGUUUUAUAUGGUAUCAGUUGUCAAUGGUUAAACGAUAAAGUAUUUGCUACUUGCGGUGAUGUAGUACAACUAUGGGACAUUACUCGAAGUCAACCAACAUCAACUCUAAAAUGGGGUGUUGAUAGUUUACAUCAUAUAGCUUUUAAUCAAAUUGACACUAAUGUAUUAGCUUCAUGUGCAAGUGACCGCAGUAUAAUUCUUUAUGACACCAGGGAAGUGAAACCAAUGCGAAAAAUAAUAAUGAAACUCAAAACCAAUCAGUUAGCCUGGAAUCCAAUGGAAGCAUAUGUGUUUACUGCUGCCAAUGAAGAUUAUAAUUGUUAUUCUUAUGAUACACGGAAUUUAGAAUCUCCAAUAAAUGUGCAUAAGGAUCAUGUGGCUGCUGUUACUUGUAUAGAUUAUGCACCUACUGGUUUAGAAUUUGUCACUGGAAGCUAUGAUAAAACCAUAAGAAUUUUUGAAAGCCAUCAGGGACAUUCGAGAGAAAUCUAUCACACUAAACGUAUGCAACAUUUGACUAGUGUAAUUUGGUCAUUAGACAAUAAAUUUGUUUUAAGUGCAUCUGACGAAAUGAAUAUAAGAAUUUGGAAAGCAAAUGCUUCAGAAAAAUUAGGAACAUUAAGACCCCGUGAAAGAACAGCAUUAGAAUAUAAUGCCACAUUGAAAGAGAAGUUCGCUGCUCAUCCACAAGUAAAAAGGAUUGCUAGACAUAGACAGGUGCCUAAACAUAUCUAUCAUGAACGUAAUCAACAAUUGGAAUCUAAGAAAAAACUUAAAAGAAAGGAAGAAAAUGUCCGCAAACAUUCAAAGAAAAAUAGUAUUCCAUACGUCUCCGAAAAAAAGAAAAAUGUUGUUUCGGAAGUUGCUUAAACUAUUAUUAUUCUUGUUUAUUUCAAGGUGUUUAUCAAAUGUACAUAUUAUUGUCAAUAAAUUACAUCUUCAAUAAAAAAAAAACCGUAUCAACAUUAUUAGUAAUAUUAUAUUUAACUCUUGAUUAUUCACGGAAUAGGGAGACACACAACCACGGAUACGCAAAUUCCGCUAUUAAUCCAAAAAAUACAAAGUGAAUCAAAAAUGCUUCUAUUAUAAUAUUAUUAAAACAAUCAUGUUUAAUAUUGGAUAGUAUUUAAAGACAAUGUAGAUAAGUACACAAUUUAUUUUUAUUUAAAAUUAUAUUUUAAUAUAUAUAACUUA